AUGAUGGUUAGAACAGUUCGGAAUUUGAAUACUAAGAGUGAUGGGGGCUUCUUGGCGAAUUGGAGAAGAUCUUUCUCUGUUUCUAGGCAACCUGUUAUAGAUAUGGCCUCUAAAGAUGGUGAAUUGAGGGUUUUUAUAGUUGCCGGUGAGGUUUCUGGAGACAAUAUCGGAUCUCGCCUCAUGGCUUCCCUGAAGAAGCUAUCUCCGAUGCCUAUACGCUUCGCCGGUGUUGGAGGGUUGAUGAUGUCCAACCAAGGAUUGAAAUCUCUGUUCCCCAUGGAGGAUAUUUCAGUAAUGGGGAUCUGGGAGUUGUUGCCGCAUCUGAAUAAGUUGAGAGUUAAUUUGAAACAGACAAUGGAGGCUGCACUUCUCUUUAAGCCUCAUGUUAUUGUGACAGUGGAUUCCAAGGGUUUUUCAUUCCGUUUCCUAAAGCAGUUAAGGGCUAGAUAUGAUCAGCAAGCAUUGGUUAGCCUUCCUCCACACUUCCAUUAUGUUGCACCAUCAUUCUGGGCCUGGAAAGGGGCUGAAAAAAGACUCAAAGCGCUAUCUGAGUUCAUAGACCAUGUGUUCUGUAUCCUUCCAUUUGAGGAGGAAGUUUGCAAAGUGCAUGGACUAGCUGCAACCUUUGUGGGUCACCCCAUGCUGGAAGACGUUUGGGAGUUAGAAAUGGACGCUACAGAAAAUGGAUGGAUAGUUAAAGGAAAUGGUGGGGAAUUUCAAAGUAAACAUGGGAAAUCUUCAGAAUCCACAAUCAUUACAUUGCUUCCUGGAAGCAGAUUACAGGAGGUAGAGCGAAUGAUUCCCAUUUUCUCAGACACUAUGGAACUAUUGAAAGACUCAUUUUCAGAGUUGACAACGGUAGUUCAUGUGGCACCUAAUCGGCACGUGGAAGAAUAUGUCAGCAAAGCUGUUUUUGAGUGGCCUGUAUCUGUAGUAUUGAUUCCUGGAGGAUCUCCACAGCUGAAGUAUGAUGCAUAUAGUGCUAGCAAUGUAGCAUUGUGUACAUCUGGCACAGCAGCUAUUGAGUUGCAGCUUGCACAGUAACCUUGUGUUGUUGCCUAUCGGGCCAAUUUCCUGACUGAAUGGUUUAUAAGGCGCAAAGCUAGAAUAUCAUAUAUCUCCCUCCCCAAUAUUCUUCUGGAUUCAGCUAUAAUCCCUGAAUCGCUUUUUCAAGCUUGUACCCCAUCGAAGUUGGCCCCAUUGCUUGUUAAAAAGAAACUG